AUGGAGAACGGUGUCUUUUUUGUGUCGCCGAACUUCCUUGGUAAAUAUCCAGGGGGAUUCCGAAAAUGCUGUAGCAGCUCUGCAAAACGUAAGGAAUGCACUUCUUCAAUAAAGCUAAAGCGCCGGGUUUGGUGUUUAUCGUUGCAGUUUGAUGAGAGCAGUCCAACUGUUGGUCCGCUACAGGACAGGCGCUUCGAUGCGCGUACAGCAAGCCGCACGCUUAAGGUAACGCGAAAAAUAGCAGAGCUUGUGCGUGAACAGAGACGUACAGUGGAGUCUGCAUCGAAUCCUGAGCUUGUGGAAGAUGCAGCCGACACAGAGAUCAAUCUUUCUCUGCUGUUUGAAAGCGAUCGUGAGAGGGGUUCAGAUCCUGCGCGCGUGCUGGAAGCAUUCCGAAUGCUUUCCAAGCAGCCUAGCCGGCUUGCGAGACUGAAUGGUUCGCAGCCGGCUUCUGUAGAUAGCACUUUUCCGAAGUUCGACCAGCGCACUGAAGUGCCUGCAGCACAGCACGGACCAACUGUCGAUGCCAGAGGUUAUUUGUUGCUGCAACGCAGCCUUCCAGUUGAAUAUGAGUCGCCGAUGGGUUUUCAGAAAAAGCGUGGACUCUCUACAAGGCCGCUUGAAUGGACGCCGCAGCCUUUCCUUCGCUCGCUCGACAUUUGGGACUUUGCUGCUCAGUUUUGGUUGACAACACAGCUUGCGAAAUGGCGUUGGACCUACGGAAUAGUUGGAUCCCGAGAGGAACUCGAGGCGAAGCGAAAAGAGCGACGCCGAGCGAUCGCCGCCUGGGUGCGCGAGGAGCUGAUUCGGUUAGGACCGACUUUUAUUAAGGCAGGCCAGUUAUUCAGUGCACGCUCAGAUCUCUUCCCAGCGGAGGUGGUUGAUGAGCUCUCAAAAUUGCAGGAUAGCGUUCCACCAUUCCCGGCGGAAGUCGCGAAGAAAAUUAUCCUUACAGAGCUCGGGAUCAAGUCUGGAAACAUUGGAGAAAUAUUCUCCUACUUCGAGGACGAGCCAAUAGCAGCAGCUUCCCUGGGUCAGGUUCAUCUUGCUCGCUUGCGGUCGACUGGAGAAUACGUCGUUGUGAAAGUUCAGCGACGCCAGCUGCGAGAACUGUUUGAUAUUGAUCUGCGCUUGCUCAAGUCACUCGCGGAUUUUGCGCAACGAUCGUCUCAGCUCGGAGGUCCUACGAGAGAUUGGCCGGGAAUAUUUGAAGAGUGCAAAAAUGUAUUGUUACGCGAAAUCGACUACAUUGAAGAAGGUCGCUCUGCGGACCGUUUCAGAGAAAAUUUCAGAAAUAUUGAAUGGGUACGUGUUCCAAAAGUUUUUUGGGAGUACACAACGCAGCGCGUGCUCGUGCAGCAGUAUCUGCCCGGAAUCAAAAUUAGCAAUGUAGCGGAGUUCCAGGCCAUGGGCUAUAACCUCCCUCGAAUCGCAAAAAGGGUCGCAGAAGCAUAUCUCUUUCAAAUUCUCGGUAGCGGAUUCUUCCAUGCAGAUCCUCAUCCCGGAAAUUUGGCCGUUGCGCCCGGCGAGGUGCUGAUUUACUAUGAUUUCGGCAUGAUGGGUACAUUGCCCUCGAAUAUCAAGGAGCGCAUUGUCAUGCUCCUGGCGGCGGUUGUGGAUAAGGAUGCGGACACUGUGAUGAAGCUUCUGAUCGAACUGGGGGCGCUUGUUCCGCCCCGAGAUCCGACACCAGUUCGAAGAACUAUCCAGUUCUUUUUGAACUCCCUCGGGAGUCGCCCUGUGCGCAGCCAGACAGUGCAAGCGAUUGGUGAGGAUCUGUAUUCACUCGCAUACGACCGGCCGUUUCGUUUGCCGGCAACUUUCACUUUCGUGCUGCGAGCUUUCACAACGCUCGAGGGCCUUUGCAAAGCACUUGAUCCGGGCUUUGCUUUUGGACAAAUCGCCCAGCCAUAUGGUUUCGCUCUUCUGCGACGUCGCAGUCAGGCUCAGAGCCUCCGGCGCUGGCUGAAUGACAAGACAAUUCGCAACAUUGUGAGCCUCCCAAAUCGACUGGAGCAACUGGAAAAUUCGAUGCAAAGAAUUCAGAAUGGAGAUAUCGUCGUUCGCUCGCGAAACACAGAACUGGAGAGAUUAUUAAGAAGGCAGAGUGCCGCGAUGGAGACGAACCGGACGACAAUCAUUGCAGCAGCUCUGGCAGUCGGAGCUGCCACAGUGGAUACCAACAUAGCUCUGCCAUAUCUUGGAGAUAUCAACGUAUCCUUGAUUCUCGGCGCGCUAGCUGCCCUCUUUGCAGUGAACGCAACGCGAUCCUACAUAAGUCGGGUUCGACAGGAAGAGCGCUGGGAUCGCUUCUUGAGCGGUGAUUCUGGGUCGGAUAACAAUGCGCCCCAGUAA